ACCCACUGCAAAGUCUGAAAACACAGUCGAAACUCAAGGCCACUCCACUCCACUCCACUCCAUGGUUGUUUCCCUCCCACCAAAAACAAUGGCCGCCAUUUUGUCUCAAUCUUACCUCUCCUCCGAUUCAGUCUCUUUCUCCUCUUCUUCCUCCCUCUCCGAUCGCAAUUUCCGGCUAUCGUUCCGUUUCUCCGAUAACUCCGCCUCUUCUCCGGUCAAUCUUCCGUCGACUCGGCGACCAAUCUCCGUUCAGGCUUCCUCUGCUAUUUCGUCCCCUCCAUAUUCCGUAGAUGGAAAAGGAAAAACAGAGCCUAGAGAUUUUCUUCACAUUAGUGACUUUGACAAAGCCACUAUAUUGAAGAUCUUAGAUCGUGCCAAAGAGGUCAAGGCACUGAUAAAAUCAGGGGACAGGUCAUAUCUCCCAUUCAAAGGGAAAACCAUGGCAAUGAUUUUUGCCAAGCCAUCCAUGAGGACACGGGUUUCAUUUGAGACUGGAUUUUUCUUGCUUGGUGGCCAUGCUUUAUAUUUGGGACCAGAUGAUAUCCAGAUGGGUAAGCGGGAGGAAACUCGUGAUGUUGCUCGUGUGCUUUCACGCUAUAAUGAUGUCAUUAUGGCACGCCUUUUUGCUCAUCAGGACAUUCUGGAUCUGGCUAAGUAUGCAACAGUACCUGUAAUUAAUGGGCUGACAGAUUACAACCAUCCUUGUCAAAUAAUGGCUGAUGCGCUCACAAUAAUUGAACAUAUUGGUCAGUUGGAAGGAACAAAGGUUGUCUAUGUUGGGGAUGGAAACAACAUUGUACAUUCUUGGCUGUUGUUGGCGUCAGUUAUUCCUUUCCAUUUUGUAUGUACCUGCCCUAAAGAUUUUGAACCAGAUCAAAAGACAGUUGAGAAGGCAAGGCGGGCUGGAAUCAGCAAAAUUGAGAUAACAAAUGAUCCAAAGGAAGCUGUUAGAGGAGCAGAUGUUGUAUAUUCAGAUGUGUGGGCCAGCAUGGGGCAAAAGGAAGAAGCUUCUUAUCGCCGCCAAGUGUUCCAAGGGUUCCAGGUGGAUAAAGCUCUUAUGCAAUUAGCUGGUCCAAAAGCCUAUUUUAUGCAUUGUUUACCAGCAGAAAGAGGCGUGGAGGUUACUGAUGAAGUUAUUGAAGCUCCAAACUCUAUCGUCUUCCCCCAAGCCGAAAACCGAAUGCAUGCACAAAAUGCAAUAAUGCUUCAUGCGCUUGGCUUGUGAUUGCAUCGUUCCUACACUAUCAUCUUUGAAUGUAGCCAAUUUAGUUGGUUUUUCUUUAAAUUCGUACUUUCAAUCUUCAACAGUGCUAGAACAUGAGCAGUUUUGUCUGUACUUCACGUGUUUUGUGUCAUGUCAAGGGAAUGGAUCUUCCAUGUUUGGAGCUUGAAGUUAACAGUUGCCAUUCUUAUGCUUUGAGGAUAUUCUAGUCAAUGUUAAAGUUAGAGCUUGCUUUUGUCUGUUGAAUCAUCUUUUUGGUUUUCA